AUGGCACAGUAUGAGGCAUGUAUCUCCAGUAUUAAAGCAACCAUUGAUUUGUUUAUUACAAUCCUUGAAGUAUACGAAAAUUCAAAUCUGGUUAUCAGUCAGGUCAAUGGAGAUUGGGAAACUCAUGAUCACAAGUUGAUCACGUACAGAGAACAUGUCUUAAAGUUGAUUCCCUUCUUUGAUGAAAUCACUUUUCAUCAUAUCCCAAGGGAAGAGAAUCAAAUAGCAGAUGCUCUUGCUACCAUUUCAUCUAUGUUCAAGGUCAAAUGGACCAACGAAACACCCUCGAUAACAAAUGAACACCUGGGCGGACCUGCAUAUUGUCUAGCAACUGACGAAGAAUCUGAUGAUAAACCUUGGUUCUACGACAUCAAGAGGUAUCUCGAGAAACAAGAGUAUCGUGAGAAUGCGUCCAUUACAGAUAAGAAGACCUUGAGAAAUCUCUCAGCCAAAUUCUUCUUGAGUGGGGACGUGCUCUACAAAAGAAAUUAUGACUGGUCUUGCUCAGAUGCAUGGAUAGACACGAGGCAAACCAAAUCAUAA